GAGUAGGGCGACCUCGGGACACGUGGGUGGAGGAGCCAAGCGCUGAGACUUCGAGCUAAAGCUGGGAGGUGAGUCAGUCACCUUGAGCCGGGCGACAGCUGUGGUCCGAGCAGGGACAGCAGGGCAGUGGAGUGCAGACUGAAAAAAUGCAGACCACUGGGGCACUCCUCAUUCCUCCUGCUCUGAUGCGCUGUUGUACCAGGAGUCUAAUCAGGCCUGUGUCUGCCUCCUUCCUGAGUAGAUCAGAGACUCCAUCUAAACAGCCUUCCUGCAGCAGCUCCCCACUCCAGGUGGCCAGCCGGGAGUUCCAGACCAGUAUUGUCUCCCGAGACAUUGACACAGCAGCCAAGUUUAUUGGUGCUGGAGCCGCCACAGUUGGUGUGGCUGGUUCAGGGGCCGGCAUUGGGACAGUGUUUGGGAGCUUGAUCAUUGGCUAUGCCAGGAACCCGUCUCUCAAGCAGCAACUCUUCUCCUAUGCCAUUCUGGGCUUUGCCCUAUCUGAGGCCAUGGGACUCUUCUGUUUGAUGGUUGCCUUCCUCAUCCUCUUCGCCAUGUGAGGCUCCGUGGGGAUCAGCUACCCGUCCUUGCUGCUUCAACUCCAGGCCGUGACCAGUGCUGGAGUGUGCUAAGCUUUACCAUUAAACACCACGUUUCUCUAAACCCA